AUGUCUGUAACCAUCCACCUGGACCGGCCACACAAGCAUUUCACCAAUCUCGACUUCCUGACGGGAAAUGUGGUGCUACAAUUGCCGUCGGAAGCUGCAAUCGGAGGCAUCCAAGUAAAACUAGAAGGAGAAAGUCGGACGCGCCUGGCAGGUCCGCGAUAUCCACAUUCUGAACAGUCGGAUAAGAAACGUACCGAGAUUGAGGUUCACAAGAUCCUGUAUAAGGUUGUCACCGUUUUCCCCACAGCUGCAGUAUUCAAUUCGGACACACCGGACAAGGCGUAUACUUUUGCCAGAGGGACCUACGAGUAUCCCUUUCAGUUUAAAUUUCCGUUCAAUAAUGCUUGCAGCUCGCACAAUAGCAUGCUCACGAACCUGAACAUCACGGGGCUGAGGGUAGAAAUGGCCAAAGACACCACUCGCCACGUGAAGAAGACGCUCCCUCCCUCGCUAAGCGGCUUCCCGGGAAUGGCAGAUAUCCGGUAUUAUGUGAAAGCGACUGUAAUCCGUCCGCAAUUCUACAAAGAGAACAUCCGAGCGAUCACCAACCUCAACUUCCUCCCCAUCGAGCCGCCCAGGACGGGCAAUCCGAGUGAAGAGACAUAUGCAAGGCGACAGCACCAAUUUAUAAACUCCCCCAAUGUAUCCAGAACGAGAAGCCUUUUCCAGAAGAUGUCCAGCAAUUCGCUUCGAGACGCCGCUGGUAGUUCCCCCCGCGUAUCCGCCGACCUACGGCUACCCAACCCGUCGAUUCUUACAUGCAAUGAGCCUGUACCAAUGCGAGUCCUCGUUAAGAAGCUGUCGGAGUCCUAUGAGACCAUUUUUCUGCAGAUGAUCCAGGUCGAGCUCAUUGCUUAUACCAAUAUUCUCGCCCAUGACUUGAGACGAACCGAAAGUGGAACCUGGGUCCUUCUAAGUCGGAGUAACAUGAGCAUACCUCUAGGAAGAGGCGGAGAUCCCGCGGAUACUGAGUACACAAUCGACGCUGAUAUGUGGAAUCGCGUACCCUUACCCAGCACGGUAGCGCCGUCGUUCGAGACCUGCAACGUCUCGCGAACCUACGAGCUCGAGGUCCGGGUGGGCCUGACUCAUGGAAGUGUUGGGAAUAUGAAGCCUCAACUUAUCAUUCUUCCGCUACGGAUGCCCGUGAAGGUCUACUCCGGCAUCGCUCCUCCGAAAGCACUCCUGGAGGCCAUGGCAGCCAACGGGCAGCAUAAACCGACCGUUGCCACUUCCGACCUCGACGGGCCGAUGGAUAACAGCAUACGCCCUCCAAUGCCUCCUCGACCUCCUAGGCCUCCUAGGCCUUCCGGCGCAGAUGAAGAAGACUACGACGAUGCACCUCCCAGCUACGAAGAUGCGAUGGCUGAAACUCUUAGUCCUGUGGAUGGGCCCCGUCGAGAGUAUAACCCACCAGAUGCCUCCUCUUCCGAUAGAUCUGUUGAACCUGGGGCUGAUCCGAGAUCUCCAGUUGGAAAGGAACCUGAGGCGACCACGCUUUACGGCAAUCAGGAAGCGAUUUCCUCCUCAGAAACACUCGAUAUGCUCCCCGAAACUCCGCCAGAAUCUCGGUCCGGGUCACCCCCGACCUCUCCAGUUGCUCGUCAACAAAGUGUGCUCAAGAUCCACAAGGCUCUUCCCCUGGAGGACAGUCCUCCAGAAUAUCAGUCAAUUGCAGGUGUCAAGUCCCAAACGCCUCAGAACCAGGUCAAUCGUACGUCGUCCCAACCAGGGAUUCGGCCCAUGAAUCUCGGAGUCCCCAACAGGAAACCGGUUCCCCGGAGUCCAAGCAGGGAGUCCUAG